GUAUCUGUGACAAAUAUAGUUUCAUAAUUAUGUAAAUGGCUGUCACAGGUAUUGCGAGUAAACUUGAACCACUACCGCCACAGAGCGCGAGUUCAACGUUCAGGCCAAGGAAUGGCUGCCUUCCUUGUGUGUCAUGGGUUGUUAGGGGUUGAUCCAGCACUAUCACUGGUCGUGUCUGGGCGUUUGAGACCGCAUGUGAGCCUUCUUCAUGAUGGUUUCACAGAUUCAAUGACAACGCCCUCUACCCGAUGUGGACUAGUAUGCACCAAGGAUCAAUACCAGCGCUAUACCGGUGUUCGAGGACAUCGACGUGCGCUAAUCAAGCUCAGAUGGAUUCGGUGCUGACGAAUGAAGUUCAGCCUUGAAAAAGAGUUUCAAGGUUGGCCGCAGCGCCUCAAACUCCACGUCUCGGU